AUGCGUAAUUUUAUUACAAUUGAAGAAAAAGGUAGUGUUCGUGAAUUUAUUAUUAGUGAUCUUAAUAAUACCGGUUUACGUAUUGAUACAAAUAAACAUCGUAAUGUAACCAUUGGUCAAACAUCUCCUCAUAUAUCGAAUAAUUUAAAACAUCAACGUGGAACACGUGUAUUUAAUAUACCUCUACAUCAAAUGGAUACAAUUUCAAUAAGAAUAGAUGAUUUCGAUUUGACUAUACCAAUAUUUUUACGAUGGUGUUUUGAUUGUAUACGUCGUUCAAUUAAAAAUGAAGGUCUCUUUCGAAAAUCAGGCGGAUCUCAACGUGUCAAAGAACUUAUGGCUCGUAUUGAAGAUGGUUGUUUAACACCUAAUUUAUCAACAUCAAAUACAGUAUUCGAUAUUUGUUCAUUAUUUAAAGAAUUUCUCCGUCGUCUUACAUAUCCAUUAAUAACAUAUCCUAUACAAGAUCUUUUACUUGAUUGUUUUUCAAUGCGUACAUUAUCAUCCGAUAAAAAACUUGAUAUUUAUAUUAAUAUACUUUUACUUUUACCCGAUGAACAUUUACAUGUACUUAUUUAUAUUUUACGUUUUUUAUAUGAAAUAACAUUAAAUGAACGUGAUAAUAAAAUGAAUGCAAAAAAUUUAGCUAUUUGUGUUGGUCCUGGUAUAAUGCGUACAUCAAUUGAUGGUAAAAUAAAUAUAAUGACAGAACAAUGUGCAACAAAUGUAAGUGAUAUUGUUGAAAUAUUAAUUAUAAAUGCAAUGAAAAUUGGUUAUGUAACUGAUUCAAUUUAUGAACGUUCACAAAUGCUCUUAGAAAUGAGACAAAAAGAAAUUAUACAAAAUAAUGAUGAUAGUUUUGCUAUUGAAAAUGGUAUAAGAAAUGGUAUUGGUGGUGGUGGUGGUGGUUGUGGUAAAAUAAAUGAUCAAGUUAAUGCAAAAAAACGACGAAGUGGUUCUGUUAAAGAGUUUCUUGUUCAUAUGACUAAUCGAUUUCGUCGUCGAUCUGGUUCGAAUAAUGAAAGUCGUGAUCAAACAAAUGCUUUUUUAGAUCGAAGUGGUAAAUUAUCAUCAUCUCAUACACGUGAACAUCGUUAUCAUUAUCAACAAAAUAGUAUUAAUGGACAUUGUUUAUCAUCAUCAUCAACUUCAAAUACAACAACUAAACGAAAAUCAAGUGAUGAUCCAAAUGGUGGUAAUUCAAAACGAGGUAAAACAAAAACAUCAUCACAAGAAAAAAUUUCAUUACCUAAUACUAAUCGUUUUACAAGUCCAAUAACAGCAUUUCGACGAAAAAAGAAAACAUCAAAUCAUAAUAAUGAUCCUGGUUUUCCUUUCAAAAUAGAACAUUCACAUUUACCACAAUUACUUCAUUUUACUGAUGAAGUUCCUGUACGUUUUAUGAAUACAAUUGUUAAUCCAACAAUAUCAAUUCCAUCAUCAACAACAUCAUCAUCAUCAUUAUCAACAACAACACCAAGUGGUUCAAUGACAACAUUAACAACAUCAAUGAUGAGUAAUGUUUCACUUGUACAUGGUACUACUAUUCUUCAACCAUUAUCAAUAAUACCACCUGAAACACAACCUACAUUACUUCCAAAUCUAGCAUCAAUAUCUUGUAAUAAUAAAUCACUUGAUACAAAAAAACUUAAUCUAUUAGAUUCAUGGAAAUGGCCAAAAUCGACUCGUAAAGUCGAACGAAAACCUCUUAUAGCUAUUCAUGCACCUAUGUUAACAACAUCAAUAAUUAAUUCUUCAUCAUUUACUGAAUCAUCACCAUCACCAAUUAAACCAACAGAUAAUUCAAUGCAAAUAUCAACACAACAAAUAGCUGGAACAUCAUUACUUAUGCAUUCUAGUUUUGGUAUUCAUCGUCGUCAUUCGGAUGAUGUUACAAGUACAUCAUUUACAACAACAACAUUUCGUCCACGUCGUUCAAUAUCAUCUAGUGCUGGUCAACAACAAACACGUCAUGUUAUUUGUAUGCUUAAUAAUCAUUCACAUUCAUUAACAAGUCAACAACAAAUAACAAUUGAUGAUCAUCAACAAAUAAAACAUAAUUUAACACAAGAACAUGAAGAUGAUUCAUUUAAUGAUGAUGAUGAUGAUAUUUCUAAUGAACUUAAUUUAGCUGUUGUUGUUGGUAAUGAAGAUAUUCAAUCAUUAAAAGAAUAUCCAAAUGAACAAAUAAAUAAUGAACAUGGUUCACUUGAUGUUGCAUUUAUUGAUGAAACAGAUUUAGAACGAAAUAUAAGUCAUAAUAAACAAAUCUAUGAUAAUGAUCAAAUUUUAAUACAAUCUAAUAAUAUAAAUAUUGAUAUAUUAAAUAUAAAAAAUAAUGAAAAUGAAAUUAAAAUUAAUAAUCAAAAUUUAAAUAGACCAAUUUUAAUUGAUAAAAUAUUAAAUAAUGAUAAUAAUCUUGAAGAAAUUUUACGACGAAAUGAAAAUCGUUGUAUUCGAUUAACAGAUUCAGAUGAUGAAGAUCAUGAAAAUUUUCAUAUUAAAAAAACACCAGUUACAAAUACUACUAAUGAUAUUAAAUUAACAACACCGAAAAUACCAGUUCGUCUUUCUUCAUCAAUAUCAAAUUUAACUUCAUCUUCGAAUAAUAUUCUUCCAUCAUCAAUAUCUAAAGAACGUUCACUUUCAUGUUCAAUAACUACUCAAUCAUCAAAUGAUUUAUUUCAUACAUUAAAUACUAAAUCGAUAUCAUUAAAUCUUGGAGAGAAUGAUGAGAAUGUUAGUCUACACAAUAGUGGUCGAGAAAGUGUUCUUAUACUUAAAGAUAAAUUAGCUGGUCGUGUACACAAACAAGUAUGUGCAUUUGAACACCAUUCAUCAUCAGAAAAACUACAUAAUCAAUCAAUUACAUCAUCAGUAACCUCUAAAUCAUUAUUAAAAGAAAAAAAUGAUAAUAAUAAAAAUAGAUUUACUGUUACAUUAAUGAAUACACCUGAACAACGUAUUAUUGAAGAAGCUUUAAUACAUGGUAAUAAAAUAAUUUUAUCAGGAACUCGUACUACUGGUCAUGUAGCUCGUUCAGUAAAACGUUUACAAAAUAGUUCAAUACGACGAUGGAAAGGACGAACAAAAGAAUUGGAAAAACAUCAUCAAUCAUCAUCACCAUAUCGUUUAUUAAAUAAGAAAAAAAACUGA